AUGCGCGUUAGGUUCUGCAUGUAUUCUGAGCUGCUUCUCCUGUAUUUCCUUGGCUCGUCAACCGGCAUAGCGGCUGCAUGGCAUAUGCUUCAGCCAACACCUUGAGCUUCGUGCAUCUCAUUGUCUUUAUUGGCAGCCGACAUUGGUGACUCAGCGAUUAACUCUGGCAAUCGUUUCACCUUAUCAAGAACCGUCGUCCAAGCUAGUUUGCUGAAUUAAACUAGUUUUCUUGUGACUGAGCAUAGGAGCCCACCCGCAGCCAUGCCGUUCGGCUUCCAGGCCGUAGGCAAGACGCCAGAGUCAGCCAUGUCGUUCAGCGCGUACAGUCGUCGCGGCAAGCAGUCGGUCAGCCGGGAGGCGGGCGUGGGUCGCCUGAUUGUGCCGGCCACGUGUCUCGUUCUCUUCGCCACCGCGCUCAUCUGGGCGUCUCCCCACAGCCGCCGCGCCCUCCACGCCCACUCCGCGCAAGGAAGCGGCGCGGCUGAUGUGUCCGUAUUACAAGCAGUGGGCGUGGGCGUGGGCGAGCCCAUCGAGAUCCGCUACGAGAACCGCGAGAUCAUGGAGCUGCCGGCGGCCGGCACGGACGCGGCGAUCGCCGCCUUCCAGUCGGAGCUGGAGGAGUCGGCGGGCAUGGCGGCGGCCGACGAGCAGGGCGCGGCGGAGGGGGAAGCGGAGAGUGGGAGCGGCGGAAACAGUUUUUUGGAGGCUGUGGAAGCGCUGAAGGCGGAAGGGGAGGAGGGGGAGGGCGGGGCAGAGCAGAGCGAGGGGGGGCAGGGCGCGACACAGGGGGACGGGGGAAUGGAGAAGGCAGGGGCGCAGGACGUAAAAGCGGUAUUGGCGGAAGCGGUGGGGGGGGCGGAAAGCGGGGGCAGCAGCAGCGGUGCUGCGGGAGCUGGCGAGUCGAGCGCGUCUGAGCAGCAGGAGGGGUCGGCGAGUGAGCCAGUGGGCGAGGGGGCUCUCAAGCCAGCCCCGCCCGAUGCCGGCUCUACCUCCUCCCCGCCCCCCGCAUCAUCUGCCAAUUCCUCCUCCUCGCCGCCCGCCUCGUCUUCCCCCUCGCGCGCGGAUCUGGUGGAGCGGUUGCGCAACUUGACGGCGGUGCUGGAGGGCGUUCUCCCGCUGGCGGAGGAGAGGGGGAACGCGCAGCUGGUAAAGCACAUGCGCGGGGCGGCGGAGAAGAGCCGCGCGGUGAUGGCGCGGUGGGAGGAGAGCGGCGCGUGGGGCGGCGACGAGAAGGUGACGGCGCUGGUGAAGCUGCUGGAGGCGGUGGCGGCGCGCGCCAAGGAGUGGCGCGGCAACGCCGCCACCAUCGAGAAGCUGCGCGGGGAGGUGGCGCGCGGCAAGGCCAAGGUGGCGGCGCUCACGGCGGAGCGCAACCAGCUGGACUUGGCGGCCGCCAAGGCGCUGCCCAAGUCGCUGCACUGCUUCAACCUGCGCCUCACCGUCGAGUACGGCAGCAACAAGGACCUGCGGGCAGCGGCGCGCAGGCGGGAGCGCAAGCAGCGCGCGCUGUUCUCGGACCCCGCGCUGAUGCACUACGCGCUCUUCUCCGACAACGUGCUGGCCGUCGCCACCGUGCUGCGGUCGCUGGAGGCCAACAGCCGGCAGCCAGACAGGCACGUGGUGCACGUGGUGACGGACAGCAUGAACCUGCCCGCCAUGCAGGCGUGGUUCGCGCUGCACCCGCCGCUGCACCUGGCGCUGGAGAUCACGGCGGUGGAGGCGCUGGCGUUCCUCAACGCGUCCUACUGCCCCGUGCUGCGCCAGCUGCAGGCCAAGGCGCUCAAACACUUCUACUUCACGCAGCACGACGACUCGAACCAGUCCAGCAGUGUGGUGCACGGGCCACAGGGGGGCUCACAGGCAGGGGCGGCGGCAGAUGCAGCAGCAUCGUCGGGGCACAAGCAGCUCAAGUUCAAGAACCCCAAGUACCUCUCCAUCCUCAACCACCUCCGCUUCUACCUCCCCGAGAUGUACCCGUCUUUGGACCGCGUGGUGUUUCUGGACGACGACAUCGUGGUGCAGAGGGACCUGUCGCCGCUCUUCUCUCUGCCGCUGCACGGGGCUGUCAACGGCGCCGUGUUCACGUGCCGGGAAGGGGACGCCUUCCACCGCCUGCACAAGUACCUCAACUUCUCGCACCCCUUCAUCCGAGACCACUUUGACCCCAACGGCUGUGGGUGGGCGUACGGCAUGAACGUGUUUGACCUGCAACAGUGGCGGCAAAAGGGGCUCACUGACGUCUACCACAAGUACCAAAGCAUGAACGCGGACCGGCAGCUGUGGCAGCUGGGCACGCUGCCGCCCGGGCUGAUGACGUUCUACAACCUGACGGCACCGCUGGACCCCCACUGGCACGUGCUGGGGCUGGGCUACGACCGCUCCACCGCCCCCCAAGACAUUGAGCGCGCCGCCGUGCUGCACUACAAUGGCAACUCGAAGCCGUGGCUGGACACGGCGAUGAAGGAGUUCAAGCCGCUGUGGAGCAAGUACGUGCUGGCGGACGACGACAUCGUGCAGCAGUGCAACAUCGACCUGCACUAGCCCGCGCACCCCACUUCCGGCACUGCCUCGAGCACGCCACUUGAUCAACACGCGCAUGCAGACUGUGCAUCAAUACACACUGCAUACGAGCACACGGCACAUGGCACGUGGCACAUGGGUACAUGUCGCAUGGCACAUGGCACAUGACACAUGGCACACAGCCUGUGCGUGCCAUCAAGACGCACCCCGUGGUGCACUGCGCGGAUGGCACUGCCUGAGGGGCGGGCAGCCAGCCAGCAGCAACAGCACUGUCCCGUCCGUCACCUCGUCCAGCCGAAGCACACAUCCAUCUAUCCACCUGCCCGCCUCCAUCCCUGCUCAACUCCUCUCAAGCACCCCCUUCCAGCGCUCCACUGCCCGCCAUACAUGCAGCUCCAAGGGCUGGUGAGUCCAGCUGCAGCUUGAGUGAAUAGUGUGUUGCUGUAGGACGAAUAGGACAUAGGACCUAGGACCUAGGAUAGUACGCUAGCUGUGUCAACUCUUCAUUUUUUGUGUUUCCUACCUAUCAAUGCCAAGGUAAGGAGGCGCCUUCAGAUGCCCAAUUGUAGAAAUUAUGGAAUGUGAUAAGUUACUGUAGACUUCUAUUCUGCACUCCAGACCAGACCUGCUGACUGCAGUCCAAUCGAGAUGCAUCACAGCACAACCACGAGCUCUAUUUAUCGUAGAGUACUACAGGUAGUGCUUUUUCAAACCCAGUACUUUAGAAGUAAUGUUGCUACGUUAUGUAAUAUAUAAUGUAUCCACAC